AUGGGCGCGGAUGAGCAGGCAACACGCUGGAACCCACCCCGGUGCGGUGUGCCGGACCUCCCGGCGUCGCCAGACGGCCAGAACGGGCGGAACCGGCAGAAGCGGUUUGUCCUCUCCGGUGGACGCUGGGACAAGACUGAUCUCACCUACAAAAUUAUCAGGUUCCCGUGGCAACUUGUAAAAGAUAAAGUGAGAAGGACCAUCGAGGAAGCUUUGAAAGUCUGGAGCGACGUGACCCCGCUGACCUUCACUGAGGUGCAGGAGGGCCGGGCUGACAUUGUCAUCGAUUUCACAAGGUACUGGCAUGGAGAUAACUUGCCUUUCGAUGGGCCUGGAGGGAUCCUCGCGCACGCGUUCUUCCCCAAGACACACCGGGAGGGAGAUGUCCAUUUUGACUAUGAUGAGACCUGGACAAUUGGGAACAACCUGGGCACUGACCUCCUGCAAGUGGCUGCUCAUGAGUUUGGCCACGUCCUGGGCCUGCAGCACACAGCUGUCUCCAAGUCACUGAUGUCUCCUUUCUACAUCUUCCGCUACCCGCUAAGUCUGAGUGAGGAUGACAAGCAGGGUAUCCAAUACCUCUACGGGAAACCCAAAAUGGAUCCUGACCCAACCCCAACUCAGCCAGCAGAGCUGCCCCAGCCGGACCUUGAAACAAAUGAGAUCACCAACAUGGAGUCUGUGCAGCCCGACGCCUGUGACACAGCUUUCGACGCCGCCUCCACCAUCCGAGGGGAGCUGUUCUUCUUCAAGUCGCGAUAUGUGCCGCCCCCCCGCCACUGGCAGGGGAUCCCCAGCUCUGUCGAUGCCACCUUCGAGGACCCUCUGGGCAAUAUCUGGUUUUUCCAAGAUUCUCAGUACUGGAUUUACGAUGGCGAGAGACGGGUAUCUGGUCCCACCCCAAUUGUGGAGCUGGGCCUCCCUGCAUCCCCUGUGCAGGCAGCUCUUGUGUGGGGUGCUGAGAAGAACAAGAUCUACAUCUUCAGUGGAGGCAACUACUGGCGCUUCAACCCUCACACCCGCCAGGUGGACAACAUCUACCCCCGGGCCAUGGCUGACUGGCGUGGUGUCCCUCAGGAGAUUGACGCGGCUUUUCAGGAUGAGUUUGGUUUUGCCUAUUUCCUGAGAGGCCAAGAUUACUGGAAGUUCGAUCCAGUCCAGGUGAAAGUGCUGGAGGGCUACCCACGCCAGAUCAGCCAGCACUUCUUCAGCUGUACACCUGCUUCAAAUUCCUUCAGAUGA